GCAAGACAGCAAGUCGAGGGAUAUCACUCCGGAUAUCAGAUCAACAGACCAAUGCUAUUAUGCUGAAGCUAUUAAGUGUUGACUAUUGACAUUUGAGUAUUUGACUACUAAACAAUUUAACAUUACCUAUUAAUUUAUAUACUAUACCUAAAUAUAUUCAAUUUUACUUUAGUGUUUAAUUACUAUAGUUAUUACAUUAUUAUUUAUUUGUGACUUAUCUCCAUCUUUUUAACCAGAAAUAUAACUUACUAUUGGAGAGACACUUAGGUAUAUAUUAAAAUUUAAAGUAUCUACUUUUGUCAUCAGAUAUGGCUGACGCUUUUGACAAACUUCGUAUGAUGGAAGACGAAAUGAACAAAUUUGAAGAAGAAAUUGGGAUACCCAACUAUAUGGAUGGAACACCUGGUGCUCAAUCAUACGGUAAUUCUGAUAAUUAUUCAAUGAUGGGACAACAAAAUACAAUUGCCUCUCAAGGAUAUAAUAAUAUGCGACCAUCGUUCUCUAACAACCAAAUGCUAUUACAGCAACCUCAACGGAGAUUUAAUGUCAAAGUAGACAAAACAAUUGGUCCUGUUAUUCUCAGUGGUGCUCCUAAACUGUAUACAUCCAAACCUGAACCACCUCAACUACCUUCAAAUGAUUUGAUGAUUAAAGCAGAAGAUAUAUUAAAAAUGACAACAAGUAUCAAUCCGUUAAAAAAAGAAUCUAAGAAGUCACAACCCACAAUAUUGCCUGGUAAAGAAAUGGCAGAGGCUGUUAAAGCAACAUCUAAAACAGUUGUUGUAUCAGCUGGAGGUAAUGCUGUUGCUGCAGCUGAAUGUGCUGCAUCAAUUCCAAAUCAAUCUGCCAAGAGCAAAGGAAAAAAAAAUAAGAAGUUUAUAAGAACUUCUGGAGGACAAGUAUGGGAAGAUCAAACGCUGUCUGAAUGGGAUGAAGACGAUUUUCGAUUAUUUUGUGGGGAUUUAGGCAAUGACGUCACUGAUGAAUUAUUAGCUCGAACGUUUAGUCGAUAUCCUUCAUUCCAAAAAGCCCGUGUAGUACGUGAUCGCCGCACUAUGAAAACCCGAGGUUUUGGGUUUGUAUCGUUCAAAGACCCAGCAGACUUUAUUAAGGCUACAAAAGAACUCAAUGGUCGAUAUGUGGGUAGUAGGCCAAUAAAACUACGGAAGAGUAUGUGGAAAAAUAGAAGUUUGGAAGUAACUAAAAAGAAGGAGAAAGAAAAGGCUGCACUCAUUAAUUUAUUAACGGGUCAAUCUUCAUAACAAUGAUUUUUUAUUUUUACCAUAGAAGUUAACUAAAUAAUAUUUCUGUAAAAUUGUAAGCAGAUGAUAUACUUUUAUUUGACUUUUAGUACUUACCUUUUCAAUAAGAUCUUGCUCUAUUAUGUUUUUAAAAUAAAAAUGUAUACAGAAAUUGUAAGUGUUUUAAUGUUAAACAAAUAAAAUGUUUUCUUUAAGUAUUAAAAAUAAA